CUCUUUUGCUCCUACAUUUCCCUAUUAACACGAUGACCAGGGGUCUGCUCGAGAAAGAAGAAAAAGAGGCUGGGGAGUCUCAGCUUUAUCAAGCAAUAGCAAAUGAUGAUGUUGAUGAGCUACAUAACUUAAUUGUGGAGGAGCGAGUGCCCUUAGAUCGCGUGUCUAAGGACCCCUUCCUAAAUACUCCUCUACAUUUUGCUGCAGCUGCUGGAAAAACCCAGGUGGCCAUGGAGUUGGCCACCUUGUCGCCUCCAUUUGCUCGGAUGCUGAAUCCGGAGGGUUAUAGCCCCAUGCACUUGGCUUUGCAACAUGGACAAUACCAAACUGUGAGGGCACUGAUGAACUUUGACCCCGAGUUGAUCCAAGUCUACGGACGAGGCAGGAUUACCCCUUUGCAUUAUGUUGCCGAAAAAGAGGGAGACGAGGAGCUAGAGCUUCUAGCUGAAUUCCUUUGUGCUUGCAAAUCAUCUAUUGAAGACUUAACGAGCCGAUGUGAGACUGCGGUUCACAUUGCCGUUAAGAACCACAAUCUCAAAGCAUUCAAGGUUUUGUUUGGAUGGCUUAAACGAGUCUAUUUGACAGAAAUUUUGAAUUGGAAAGACGAAGAUGGUAACACCGUCAUGCACAUUGCUGUAUCUGGAGAGCCGCAAAAAGAGAUCAUAUUGGCGUUGCAUGAAUCUGUCGAUUUAGAUGUGAAGAACUUACAGGGUAAGACGGCUCGGGAAAUCUUGCAAGAUUAUGGGAAGAUGUCAGGCAUUGAAGGAUCUGUAAUUAAAAAGAUGUUGAUUGAGAAUAUCAAAAUAAAUGUGAAGAAGAAGGCUAGGGAAAUCUUCCGGAAUCUUGUGAAGUUGUUACGCUGUGCAGGACCUCCUACUCACGGCCUCUCUCUAUCAAAGUUAUUAAGCAAGGAAUUAACUAUGUUUGAGAGGUUCACGCUUUUGUUCGUCGUCCGAGAUGAAUCCGCUCGAAACAUAGUCUUUGGAGUGGCCACCUUAAUUGCGACUGCCACUUACCAAGCCGCACUCAGUCCUCCAGGAGGAUACUGGGGGGAUAACUCUCCAAAUCAUCCAGCCAAGUCCACUGUCGUUACUGCCAAUUCCAGCGCCAUUGCUGUUGAAAAACCACACGAAGCCGGAAACACUAUCCUGACUGGCUCGAAACUCUACCAGUUCAUGGUCCUCAACAGUACGGUUUUCAUGGCCUCCCUCAUCGCGAUCUGGAUCACCGCUAUUCCCCUAUUGCCUCGCGCUCUGUCGGCUUACCUUCUAACGACAUUAGUUGGUAUUGCCUACUUUGCUACCCUUAUGAUCGAAUUCCAGAGACACGAUAAGGUCGUAGGAGGCCGCAUAGGGGCCAUUUACUUGAGCUUUCUGCUUCUCGUGGUGGUGGUUACCUUGGUCCUUUCGAGGACCUACUACAGAUACCAAAUCCGACUCCAAAAGUUUGCCGCAGGGAGACGCGUCGGCAACUUCCUCAAAUUGAAGGAUCGGAAAUAGUUGGCGAGUAUUAUUUACUCUAAAGUACUCUUCUCACGUGCGGAAUAAAAUCUAUGUUUCUAGUCUUGAGGUUGGCAAGAACUAGACUCUUUCUUAUUUGUUGCUUGUAAUGGACUCAUCUAUUAAUAAAUUGAUCCCAAUA